AUGCGUUUACACUACGCCUUCUUUUACCUAAUAGCCAUAGUUGCGUCUACUUGCAUUCCUCGCUUGUUAGAGACGCCCAAGGAUGCCGCGCGUAUAGCUCGACGCCUGGUACGUGACACUACGAUUGGUACUCUAGUGACUACAAUGAAUUCCGAAGACCGGGAGGGACUCGGAGGAUAUCCAUUUGGACUGCUGGAUUACUAUGCCGAUGAAUGUCCAUCGACUGGGAAUUUAUUACUACUCAUGACACCCUUGCAGCUGAACUUUCGUAAUGCGAGAUCGAACGACUGGAAAGCUUCAUUCUCCAUUCGACAACUCGGUAACAAUACGUUUAAUCCCGUUGAGAAACCACGUGUGAACUUAUUUGGCCUCAUUGAAAAGGUUCCAGAGUCUGAGGUAACGAACGUACAAGAAUGUUUCUUGAAAGCUCACAAGGAUGCAGUUUAUUGGAUACCCGGCAGAUCGCAUGAUUUUGCUUUUUACCGGUUCAUUGUUAAAGAUAUCUACUAUGUCGGUGGCUUUGGAGGAUUACAUUAUAUUGGAUGGAUUGAUAAACAUCUAUACUUUGACGCAAACGUCCACGAGAAUUUGAAUAGCAACACAAAGUCCAAUUUCGGUUUGAUAAAAGAGGACUAA